AUGGGUAACCUACCUAAGUGCGGCAACUGUCAACGACAUCAUACCGGGCAAUGUAGAUAUGGAAAAUAUUAUAACUGUGGCAAAGUGGGGCAUGACAAGGAGACGUGUUGGCGUGGUACUGGACAUGGAAACGAAGGUCAAGAUGGUAGCGGAAAUCGCGGAGGAAACAACAACAACGACUAUCAGGGCAGAAACAGUAAUGAUCAAGAACAAGGUCAAGGUUGUGGUGGCAUAGGGCAUUUCAGAAAGGUUUACUUGGGAACUAAGCCAAAAUGUGAUGAGUGCAAGUUUCACCAUGAAAGUCGAUGUCUGAGGCCUUGGUGCGAUAGGUGCGGAAAGGAAGGACACAACAAGGAUGCCUGCUGGGCGAAGUAUUCCAGACAAGGAGGAAAUGAUGAUGGCAACGAAGACGGAAAUGAAAGUGCUAGAGUUCCGGGCUGCUACAAAUGUGGGGACGUGGGGCACUUUAGGAAAGAUUUGUGA